AUGCCUGAAAAAUGCAAUUACUGUGAUAAGACUUUUUUGUGGAAAAGCAAUUUGACUGAACAUAAAAGAACACAUACUGGAGAGAAACCUUAUGAAUGUGAUGUUUGUGAUAAAAGAUUUUCACUGGCAGAUAACUUAGAAACACAUAAAAGAACACAUACUGGAGAGAAGCCUCAUGAAUGUGAUGUUUGUGAUAAAAGAUUUUCACUGGCACGCAACUUAAGAAGAUAUAAAAUAACUCAUACUGGAGAGAGGCCUUAUAAAUGUGAUGCUUGUGGCCAAAAAUUUUCACAAGCAGGCAACUUUAUAAUAAGAAAACAUGAAAGACUACAUACUGGUGAGAAGCCUUAUGAAUGUGAUGUUUGUGAUAAAAGAUUUUCACAGGCAGAUAACUUAGAAACACAUAAAAGAACACAUACUGGAGAGAAGCCUCAUGAAUGUGAUGUUUGUGAUAAAAGUUUUUUGUGGAAAAGCAAUUUGACUAAACAUAAAAGAACACAUACUGGUGAAAAGCCUUAUGAAUGUGAUGUUUGUGAUAAAAGAUUUUCAAACACAGGUGAUUUAAGGAGACAUAAAAGAACACAUACUGGAGAGAAGCCUUAUGAAUGUGAUGUUUGUGAUAAAAGAUUUUCAACUUCAGGCAACUUAAGACAACAUAAAAAAACACAUACUGGUGAGAAGCCUCAUGAAUGUGAUGUUUGUGAUAAAAGAUUUUCACAAGCAAGCGAUUUAAGGAGACAUAAAAGAACUCAUACUGGAGAGAAACCUUAUGAAUGUAAUGUUUGUGAUAAAAGAUUUUCACAGGCAAGCAGUUUAAGAAUACAUAAAAGAACUCAUACUGGAGAGAAGCCUUAUGAAUGUGAUGUUUGUGAUAAAAGAUUUUCACGGGCAUCCGAUUUAAGAAUACAUGGAAGAAUACAUACUGGAGAAAAGCCUCAUGAAUGUGAUGUUUGUGAUAAAAGAUUUUCACAGGCAGGCAACUUAAGAAUACAUAAAAGAACACACACUGGUGAGAAGCCUUAUGAAUGUAAUGUUUGUGAUAAAAGAUUUUCACUGCCAGGCAGCUUAACAAUACAUAAAAGAACACAUACUGGAGAAAAGCCUCAUGAAUGUGAUGUUUGUGAUAAAAGAUUUUCACUGGCAGGCAACUUAAAGAUACAUAAAAGAACACAUACUGGUGAGAAGCCUUAUGGAUGUGAUGUUUGUGAUAAAAGAUUUUCACAUGCAGGCAGCUUAAAACUACAUAAAAAAACACAUACUGGAGAGAAAUCUCAUGAAUGUGAUGUUUGUGAUAAAAGAUUUUCAAACGCAAGCGAUUUAAGGAAACAUAAAAGAACACAUACUGGAGAGAAACCUUAUGAAUGUGAUGUUUGUGAUAAAAUAUUUUCACUGGCAGGCAACUUAAGACGACAUAAAAGAACACAUACUAACAAAAACUGUUCAGGUGCCAGUUCUUUAAGAAAUAAAAAAUCCUAUGAAUGUGAUGGCUCAGCAAUACAUAAAAGAGCAGGGAAAAUGGCUAAUGUCCAACUUAAAUUAAAUAGAGAGGAACCAGUUUGUAUUGGUUAUAUUUGUGGAGUAUGUGGUCAUGAGUUUGAUGUUCAAAGUGAACUUGAAGAUCAUAUAUAUACCACCCAUCAUAAUAUGAUGAUCACUCACUAA